AAUAUAAAUUGCGUGAACAAAUAAAAUGAAUGUAGAAUUAUUGAAUUUACUGAAAUAUGAAGCAAAGAUCGCACCGAAUUCUAAAAACGACGGAGGUCACUGGCUCAGAAGGAAAGCAGCUUUGCAAGCUCGACGAGGUAUCGACUCACGUACUCGACAAAGAAAAUUAAGGACUCGCCGGCAACUUGAUGCAGUAACCAGUGGGACAGAAGUUCCUGAGGAGUCGUCCACGAAACGAUCACACACUGCACCGUCGCCUUCGCGCAUCUCCGCCGGUGAGAGCGAAUGGAGUGGAGCUACGGGCGGUCCACCAGCGGAGGUGGUGCUACGACUGCACCCUUCACCUUCCUCAACAGCACGUGCCAACGUCUCGCUAGCUGACAUUGAUGGCAGCGGCGUGGUGGUUAGAGCGGAAGAAGCGCUGAUUGUGGCUUUCGUCCUCCUUCUAUGGGUGGCAGCCAUAGCUCUCUUCUUCAACCGAUGGGGCAAGAUAAGGUGCGUCUAUAAGCUGAUGCUGGAGCCAUAUCAACCUAAGUUUCAACAGCAACACCGGCAGAGUUGCGCAUUGGCUGAGAAUUCAGUAUCCGUAGCACCUCAUCACCGAGCGUCAUUGUCGAGGGGCUGUGUGUCUUACGACUGUGGAAGCACUUUCCCUGCCUACCAGCCAUGCGGAUACUUAUCUCAUCGACCGAGACAGAAUUCCGUAUUCGUUGGCAGUUUAGGUGGGAUGGCUCUUAUACCUGAGAGUCCUCCGAGGCGAUCUCGAUCUGCUGCUGAUAUCCCAGCUCUCGUUCCACCAUCCGAUAACACUCACGUAGUCACCCCAAGAUCCUCAAGAGCAGCCAGUCUACACAGCGCUGUAGAUCUCAGGGUUUGCGUGCCAUCUCCAAGGACUUCACGGGCUGCCAGUCUACAUUCAGCUGUGGAUAUGCCUUCAGGAUCCGUUCAAGUCCACGUUAGAGGUUCCGUGACCAAUGUAAAUAGACCUAGAAGUCCUAGGAGGCUUACUAUAACUAAUGUUUAAAAACUGUGCAUGAUUGUGAAUUUCGGACCAAUUUUGAUGUCUCUUACUUUACUGUGGCUGUAAACUUGCUUUUUGUGUUUCUUUAUUCAGAAGGCCUUUUUCCUGACGUGUAGAAAAAUCUUCAAAAUGACCAUCAACUCGCUAGAGGGUUGACGACGGGGUUUUUUGGAUUCUUACCCACUAAAAAACUACACAAUGUACUUACGAGCGCCAUUGCCGAAAUCGCGAAGUCGCGUUAGCAGUCUACCGAACUCCGGCGGCGUUAGCCCGCCCUGUAUAUGAU